CUGUCUGUCCGUCCCUUACCCUCCCCGCUGAGCUGACAGCCUCCGAAGCGCCAAACCGCGCACCCCCCCCGCACGGGAAACCUGCUUCCCCGUCUCUCCAGCUACAGGGCGGGCGUGACACCUUCUGCAGAAAAAAAAUCUAACCGACCAGUUUCUGCACCCUCUGAUCAACUCCAAAUUCUCUUUACUGUUGAACUACUGCAGCAAGUCCACAUUAAUACUAGAUUUGCUAUUUGUAUCAAAGGGAACAUGGUACAGGGAGACCUCUGGAACAAAAAAGUAGUGAUGUUUCAGCAUCUGCUUUUUGAUGGUACAGAACACCAGAGACUUUGUGAUCCUACUAUAUUUAUUGAGCAGCAGUCUCAAAGAGCCAAACCAAGGGAAUUAAGGCAAAUGUUAAUGAAACAUUGAAGUUGAGAUUUUAAUUACUUAAAGGUCAGCACAUUCAAAGUUUAUUAAUUUGAGGGAGUUAUUCUGUGUUCCCACAGCAAUCCCCACUCUACUCUUACACAGAUCAAAGAAUUCAAGUUACUGUUUAUUUGCUGAUGCAUGCAAAUUAUAUAACUGAAUUUUAUACCUGAAUAUAAUUCCUUUUUGCAGUUAUUAACACUUUAUUAACACUUCUUUAUAUAUUUGCUAUGUUCCCAUGCUUCUCAGUGGAAAUAAACUGAUUAUUUUUCUCUAAUCUUUGUUUUAAAUUGCCACAGGCUACAUUUCCUUUCAAGCUCCGAACCUCUAUUCAGUUAGCAACAUUUGUUGCUAAACUAUCACAAAACACUCACAGACACUCUUCAAACUAACAUACCAGAACAGUAUCGGGACUUUAUGAAAAUACUAUCCCAAAUAUACUUUUAUAAAGUUUUGGCUUCCACACUACCAUGGCACCUGCAAUCUGUUCUCAAAACAGGAAAAUGUGUUUGGGAAGGUUUGAGAAAUGAUUCCCAGAAAAGCCUGAGAGGGGGAUAAAAACACUGUAGGUUCAGAACCUUGUGCACAAACCUCACUUGUAGGCUGUUGAAGGAUUUUUCCUUCUCAAAAUGCUCCUCAUGUAAAAAUCAUUGGCUUUUUGUUGGCAGAAAAAAAGGAUCUUUCCCAGCGAAUAAGGUGGACAGUUAAAUGAGAUUUACCUUGUUUCUAAUACGUUCUAAUUAUUUUGCUUAUUUUAUUUCCUGAUUCUUUUCCUCAGUUUAACAGUAACCAUUGUAUUUCCAUCCAUCCAGUCUGGAGAGAUGUGAUCUGAGAACUCUCACAAUACUAUCUGAAACAAUUUGUCUCUGACUGCACUGCUUUCUGCCACUAUGAAAUAAGUAAUGGCAUUUUAAUCCCAGUCUAAAAUAUAUUUUGUCUUUAAAGAUAUUUUCCUCAUUUACUAAUUAAUCUAUUUGAUUAUGUGAAUUACAUACACCGGAAUGCUGGAAUGCUAUUUUUUCCUGUCAACUAUAGGUAUUUCCAUCCCUAUUUUUAUAGUAGUCAUGUGUGCCUUUAUUCACAAUGGACUUUUUCCUCAACUUUUUCCCUCUUCCUUGAGGAAAUUAUGUGUUAUUAUUAUAACAAAUGCAGAAAUAUCUUGUACCUUAAAGGCACCCUUCCAGGACUGGAGGAAAAUCGUCACAUGUUCUCUUCAACUUUGCUAUACUACACAUAUUCCUAGAGGCAGAGUCAUGAAACCCCGAUUUUAGCACAAUGCUUCCAGUGUGCCUAGGAUUCACUGUGCCUAGGAUUCUACCUGAAAUGUGCUACCUCAAAGGCUUUUAAUGAAUAUCUGGAAGCCCCUCUCUUACUAAACUGUCUAUAGACAGCAGAUUGCAGUUAAAUACCUCAGACAUGGAAAACGGAGCAUAAAUAUGCUGUUUAAAUGUAAGAAACAGAUCUAACUUAAUAUGUUUCUUAAGGAACAGAGAAAAAACUAGGUACCAACAUUUGCCUUAGGUAGCUGUGCUGCAGGUAUACAUACAUGCACCGAGUUACAAAUUAUCUAUGCUUUGAGUUUAGCGUAAUAUGAUGCCCUUGUGAGGCAGCAACAGUCUGUUUUUUUUCAGGGGAGAGAAGAUAAAAAAUAAGGAUGUAAAAACUACCUUUAUUUUCCGUCUCUUUUGAAGAGGUGCCACCAAAUCAAUCCUUCUAGCUCUAUUUCAAGGUGCUCAAGAUCACACAUGGAAUUCAGAAUUGCUUUGAAGAUAACGUGAAGGAUUUCUGAUUCAAAAUGAAUAUGCUUGUAUGUGUUAACACUGUAGGGCUAUUAGCAAGAAAGAAAAAAAAAUCCCUAAUUAUCCAGGUGACUGGUUAAACAAACAGUCUAGCACCUUAUUCACGAGCCAUUUCCUUAAAUCCAUCUUCUUAAAUCUAAUAAAUGUGCCCUUGAGAUCAAGAGUAGCUCUGUUUUGUCUCCCAAACCAAUGUAAUUGAGCUUGUGUGUACCCCUGAUUAUUAGAAAAGAAGCAAAGGUUGAGCUCAGAGUGGACAAGCCUUCCCUUGGGGUAGGAGAAAUCAGCAGUAGUAGAGGCCGUGGGCUACGUGCAAAAGGAGGAAACAAUGCUAUUCAGUGUUAGGGGGGAGUUAGGAAGUGGAUACGAGGAAAAAAUCUUUACAAUUAGAUACUGGUAACCCAGGGGUUUGACUAGAACAGGGUCAGUGAUAUAUCAGGGAAAAUAAAAAAAACCCACCUGCAAUACUGCAUCUGCUCCCAAAUUUUACAGGCUCCAAAUCCAUAGAAGCAUUUAGGUAUUCAGUUGGUGAUUAAGUACUUACGCUGUAGUUUAUUGACCUGAGUGUCAUUUUGAAUCUGGCUGUAAGUCAGAAAGCCUAUGUCUGUACUAGUAAACAUAAAGGAUCUAUGCCCAUUCUCUGGCCCUGAGAAUAAACGUCCCUGUGUCUGUGUGUUCUGCAUCCAUACGGUUCAACUGUGUUCGAGCCCGUGCCAUCCCCCAUGUUGUACCCUGGCAUCUUCUGGAAAAGCAGUUUGGCCUUGGCAAAAACAACUUUGGGGACUGUCAGCAACAGCACUGACUGUGUCCCAGCACUCCAGCCCAUGCCCUGGCACUGUUCCAUUUACUAAGAUGGGCCAAUAGGUCCGCUUAACACAUGCUAUCGCCACUCUCCAAGUGACAAAAUAUCCACGUCCUUUGAACACCGAAGAGCUGGAACCAAAGUCCAAAGGUUUUAAAAGAACAGCGUGCUAACGUGCUUCAGAUAGACAAGCCGGUGAGCCAAACGGCCCCACCGGCCCUUCGUAGAAACGGAGCAGCAAGGGAUCUGCGGGUGUUAGCUGGGGCUUUGCGGGUGCUAGUUGGGUCCCCGCAGCGCUGGGGAGCAGGACUGCAAGUGUGUGCCGUUCGGCUCCAGCCCCGAAGCGAGCAGUAAGCGGCACAAGCCGGAGGUGACAGGCCAUACACACACACCCCCACACCCCCAGCUGGUUGACCGGCCGCCGCAGCCUCGCCUCCCCGCCCCAGCCAGGGCGAUCCCAGCGCCGGCCGCCCCCUCUCUGUCCGAGAGAGAGCGGCAGCCGGUGUGGCGGCGGGUAGAGAUGGGAGAGCCUGAUCCUCCGCCGUGAUCGCCCGCAGCUGCGAGCCCGGAGCCGCCCUCUGUCCGCCGACUACUAAAGGCCGCUGCGCUCGCGCCCCGCCCGGCCUUGCUGCGGCCUCCCCCCCCACCCCCCGCAGAUAACAGCUGCUCCCGCCUCCCCCCCCCCGGCUCUUCCCCACCCGCCCAGCGCGGAGUCGGCCCGGGUUCGGCAGCUGCUCUGUAGGCACCGGCUGCCUCGGUGGGAGGAUGGCUCGGCAGCCCGGGGGCUUUCUGCAGGAGGCCUCUCACCAAAUCGUCGCCGGCGGCUCCGCGGGUCUUGUAGAAAUUUGCCUGAUGCAUCCCCUGGAUGUAGUGAAAACAAGGUUCCAAAUUCAAAGAGGGAAAACUGAUCCGACUGGUUACAAGAGCCUGGGGGACUGUUUUAGGACUAUUUUCCAACGAGAAGGAUUGCUUGGCUUCUACAAAGGAAUAUUUCCUCCCAUAUUGGCUGAAACACCCAAAAGGGCAGUGAAGUUUUUCACCUUCGAACAAUACAAGAAGCUACUAGGAUAUUCAUCAUUGCCACCAGGACUGGCAUUUGCAGUUGCUGGCUUGGGAUCUGGGUUGACAGAGGCAGUUGUGGUUAACCCUUUUGAAGUAGUAAAGGUUACCUUACAGGCAAAUCGGAAUGCCUUCACAGAGCAACCAUCUAGCUUUGUGCAAGCUCGGCAGAUCAUUAAAAUCGAUGGUCUGGGCUUCCAAGGACUCAACAAAGGUCUUACUGCAACACUGGGCCGUCACGGAGUUUUCAACAUGGUUUACUUUGGAUUCUACUUCAAUGUGAAAAACAUUCUUCCAGUCAAUAAAGAUCCAAAUUUGGAGUUUUUGAGGAAAUUUGGAAUUGGGCUAGUCUCAGGAACAAUAGCCUCAAUUAUUAACAUUCCUUUUGAUGUUGCAAAAAGUAGGAUUCAAGGACCACAGCCAGUUCCUGGAGAGAUCAAGUACAGAACCUGUUUUAAAACUAUGGCAACAGUCUAUAAAGAGGAAGGAUUUCUGGCCCUGUACAAAGGCUUGGUUCCCAAGAUCAUGAGGCUUGGUCCAGGUGGUGCAGUGAUGCUUUUGGUUUAUGAAUACGUUUACGCAUGGCUUCAGGACACAGUUGGUCACAAGUAGUGCUUCUGAAAAAUGUGCUCUUUAGGAUUCUAAAAUACAUUUUAAUAAAGUAAAAGUGAUUCUCAUCCUUUGUGGUGUUGAAUGCCCUCAGACUACACUGAUAUUAAUACAGUUCAAAACAUACUUGGUCUUCAGGACCGGAUCUAAGAAAACACUUAAGCACAUGCUUUUCUGUAAGUGCAUAAGUAAAUAACACAGUUGAUAUUUGUAAUUGUUUUACCGGAGCAAGAGAAAAUGUAAAGGAGACAUAGGAACAAGUUAGUUUUUCAAGAACAAACUGAAGAUUAUAGUCACUGAAUUAUACUAUGUAGUCAAUACACUUUUUUAAAAAUUUCAGCUUUCAGGGGAUUUUAAAGAAAAAAAUGGAAUAACACUCUGGGGUCAGAUACUAAGCUACUGUAAACUGACAGCUCCAUUGACUCCAGGUUAAGAACAUGACUCCAUACUCUGCAAACUCUUGCAUCAAUCUUGGGUCCGGUUUCAGUUCAGUCCAGUACAAUUUCAACACUGAUAGAAGAACUUCUUAAGUUGUUGGGAGUUAGGAUAGAAAAAGGACAAUACAACUAGCCACAACCUUAAAAACACACAUGCUGCUAAAUGUCCUACUUGUGCUUAACCAUAUAUAUCAUAUAAAUCUCACUCAAGUUACAGAAAAUACCAAAAAUAAUUAGUCUGAAUCAAGUUACAUAAAAGUGCAAAACAACUGUGGGAAUCAUAAAAGAAAUGAGUAAAUAAAUGAACAGAAAAACUACUGUCCUGUGAUAAAAUGCUCAAUGCACCUUGAAUGUCCCUUUAGCCUUUCAUCACCACCAUGGGAUGGAAAAACAAUGUUCUAGACUGAUAGCACAUAUGCAGUUGUAAUUAGCUAGACACUUGAAAUGUGCUUUUCUAUAAAUAAAAAGUGUUGCUCUAAAGCUGAAAUUGUUGCUUUUCCCAGUCACUGUAAAUAUAAAUAAUAAUUUGGUGAUGUACUCCUGUCUUUACUAGCCGUUCUAACUAGCUCUGUGAAUUAUGAUAAUUUCUGCUAUGCUGAUUGAAAAUGUAGUUUCCGUUCAGUCAGUUGUGCCACUCUACAGUCUAUUUUCAGAACUCUUUAAAUAACAUAAGUUUACACAUUAUUCUGUUAUAAAAAUGUUCCCAUUAUCUAAACAUGUCAAAUGAAUGCAUAUCUUGCAAUUGUUGAAAGUUUCUGUAUCACCCCAUACUACCUUCACACUGUUAACUUUAAAUGUUUUUCCUCUUAAAAAGGUACAAACGUAUUUCCCAGCAAUCCUAAAGAAAUAUCUUUCCAGAUUGUUGCUUGGAAAGGACAGUUCACAUGUGAAGUCUCAUCUCAUGAGUGUUUUUAAUGCAUUAGAAAAGAAACAAAAAGCUAAAAAUAGAAGUACAUUCUCAGCACUUUCAAAGAUGCUUGUACUAACAUGCUCAAUAAACCUCUCUUUUGUCUAAAUUUGAAAACAG